GGAAGAUCUGGACCUCGAGAGUCUGGACCUAGAGAACCCUAGUGACAGUGGACUGAACUAGACGAUGACGACAGUGUCCUCAGCACCCCGAAACCUAAACUCAAGCCAUAUUUUGAGGGUAUCUCCCUCUCCAGUUCUCAGACAGAUAUGGGCAGCAUCCACAACAGCCAGAGCCACCCGAGAGCCACCAAGUCCGAUGGACCCAGACAAGACUAAGAGCAGUGGAGACAAGUUCCAGGUGGACAAUGUCUCAGAUAACGCUUCUCUUCAGGAGGAGCAACCAGAGGCAGUGACCCCACUACAGAGCUGGAGAUGGACAACAUGGACACCUUCCUGGAGAAACUGCCCCUACUGGCAAGAUGAAGAAGACCGAGUCCUCAUCAUCCUUCCAACAGGUGCUUGCUUCAGUCCGUGCACCUUGCAACGCUUUUUGCUCGACACACGCUGCCAUCUACAGAUCCCCAGGAAGACUGUGUAUGACCAGCUGAACCACAUCCUGGUGUCUGAUCACCAUCUACCCGACAGCAUCAUCCUCAUCAACACAUCUGAUUGGCAGGGCCAGUAUCUGUCAAGUGUUCUCCAGAACCAGCACCUCCCAGUGGUGUGUACCUGUACUACAGCAGACAUCCAGGCCGCCUUCAACACCAUCGUCUCACGCAUACAGAGAUUCUGUAACUGUAACAGCCAGACACCCAUCCCCAUAAAGAUAGCUGUGGCUGGAGCCCAGCACUACCUCGGUGCAGUCCUCAGGCUGUUUGUAGACCACCUCUCUUACAAGACUCCUGAUUGGCUGGGUUACAUGAGGUUCCUCAUCAUACCACUAGGAUCUCACCCAGUUUCCAAGUACCUGGGUACCAUUGACUAUCGAUACAACAGUUUAUUCCAGGACACUGCGUGGAGUGACCUGUUUACAAACCAGAAGCACCAGUCAUGA